CCCAGCAUUAAAUUCACAACCUCUGUGUCCUCUCACUUGAUAUCAUCCAUUCCAGAGAUUCUACGCAUUUUUUCUGAGGCCGUUUUAGGGCGGUAGCAAGUAGGGCUGCUGCUUAUCUUUGAUUUCUUGUUGCUUUGUCAGUUUUUGAACGAAAGCAUAUAAAACGACGGCGAUACUACUGUAACUCACUGCACCCUCCUGCUUUUAGCUUCGAGAGAAACUGAAAAAGAGGAAGAUCAUGGGACACCAUUCUUGCUGUAACAAACAGAAGGUGAAGAGAGGGCUCUGGUCUCCCGAGGAAGACGAAAAACUCGUCAACUACAUUUCUACAUAUGGUCAUGGUUGUUGGAGCACUGUUCCAAGACGUGCUGGGCUGCAAAGAUGUGGAAAAAGUUGCAGGCUAAGGUGGAUAAAUUACCUAAGACCAGACUUGAAAAGAGGAAGUUUCUCUCCACAAGAAGCAUCUCUUAUCAUUGAACUUCAUAGAGUUCUGGGCAAUAGGUGGGCUCAGAUAGCCAAGCACCUACCGGGAAGAACAGACAAUGAAGUGAAAAACUUUUGGAAUUCUAGCAUCAAGAAGAAACUUGUCUCUCAUCAUGGCCUUCCUGACCUAUGCAACUUUCCUCCCAAUCUUUCAAGUGCUUUUGCUCCUGGUGCCUCUGUGGAAAGUUUCUUCUCAGUUAAUGCAAACCCUAAUCUGAUCCCAGGUGCUCAUUUCGAUAACUUGUACAUUCCAACCAUGGCAUCAACACUGCAAGGGUUUGAUCAUAACAUUCACAAUGAUAUCAUCGGAGUUGAUGAAAUGAACAAUUUCCCAAAUUUGGUCCCCGUGCCCACGGUGACUACUCCAAUGAUAGACUCUCCCAUAUGUUCAUGUGAUCCGGUAUGGCCGGCGGGCAAUCUGCAGUCUGACAAUCAUCAUCUUGAUCCUGCACUUGCUUCUGCCGCUUUAUUUAAUGCAUCAAACGUUCAACUCAUCCAUCCCAAAAUGAUCAUUCAAUCUUAUAACGAUGUUGACGAUGUACUAAUGGCUGAUGGGACGCCUAAAAUUUGUGAAAUCUUGGAGGAGGGUGAUCAAUAUAGCCUACCAUCUUUAUCUGCCGAUACCAUUUCUCAAGAAGUUGAUCCAAUUGCUGCUAGUCUCUCCAGUUUCCUGCCAUCUGCAUCUGAUCCAUGUGCCCAGAUCGAGCCUGGAAAUCGGCAGUUACUGGAAAGCAUUGAAUCACUCGUGUCAAUGAUGCCACCGUCUUCCUCUUCAUCUUCAUCAUCAUCGCUGUCAUUGUCUCAAUGUCUCCAGUACUACCAUGCAGCCAAUGCUUAUGAACCCUAGUCUUCCUUCAGGCUGGGGCUGCUUAGUUACCAAAGCAAUAAUAAUAUUGCUAAGGUUGCUAUUCUGAGAAGGCUGGAGUCAGCUGAUACUUAGUGGAGUAAUGCAUUCUUUUUGGCAGAGAAAUCCAAACAAGGAUCUGUAUUCAUAUGAAUGGUAUAUGAAUUUUCAGGAUUUGUAAGUCGUUAUUCGCCAUUCGGUCUUGGUAUGUAAUGCUCAACAUAUAAUAAUUCUCUUUUCUCAGGUACCUUUUUUUUUUUUUUUUUUUGGUUUAUGGGAGAAUUCAUAUGAAGCCAUUUCACUAGGAUAGUAUAUCAAUUUUCAUGAUUUGUCA